AUGAAAGAACCAGUGAUGAAAGAAUAUACAACCGAUCAGAGGACAAAAAUCACACCAAUUCCAUACGAACCAAAUAAUUCCCACAAAGUCGGUUUGAUUAUUGGCUUAUGCAUCUUAGCAAUUGCCAUCAUUUCAGGUAUUGUUGUUGGUGUUUACUUCAUCCACAAGAAACGAUCCGAAAACAAAUCUGACACCGAAAACGACCGAACUCCAACCAUGAAAUCAAUCAUUAUUUAA